AUGAGUCUCUACACUGAGGCGCCCGAGUUGCGUAGUUUCUCGCAGGACAAGCCUUCGCUACUGGUUUGUUGGUGGAUAACGUCAUUCUGCACAGUCAUCAUCCUGCUACGGGUUGCCGGCCGCUUCAUUCGAACCGAAAAACUAUUCCAAGAGGACAAAGUAGCAGCCUUCGCUCUGAUUCCUCUAUGGCUACGCAUGGUUUGCGUGCAUUUUGUCCUGCUCUACGGGACUAACAAUGCCGAUUUUGACGGCAUAACAUUAUCCUCGGAAGACGAGCGUAGGAAGGAAAUCGCAAGCGGUCUCGUGCUUGCCAGCCGUAUCUUCUACGCAGCAACACUGUGGAUUCUCAAGAACACUAUUUUAGAGUUUUUCAAGCGUCUGACUGGCGUCACUUGGGCACGUUCCUAUGAACAGACGCUUGUUUUCAUCAGAUGUACCUUGGUCGCAUCGUUUGUCGCCAUUGUCAUUAGUGAUCUGGCGGAAUGUCGACCCUUCCACCACUACUGGCAGGUCAUACCUGACCCAGGCGGUCAAUGUCGCCAAGGUUUCGCUCACCUCCUCACCAUGGCGACCUGCAACAUCAUCACCGACUUGCUUCUCGUCUUCUUCCCUAUUCUCAUCAUUCUGCGCAGUCAGAUGAACGUGAAGAGAAAGAUUCAACUCACCCUGUUGUUCUCACUCAGCCUGGCCGUUGUUGGCGUGACCUUUUACCGUGUCCCUCACGUCAUCAGGGCACAUGGCAAACAACAAUUGCGUUCUGUGCUGGCAUCCGUUGAGCUUCUAUUCGCGACGACGGCCGCAAACGCUCUGGUCUUGGGCUCAUUUGUGCGUGACCGCGGCUUGAAGAAACAAAAGUUCAAGUACGGUUCCGUGGCCGAAGAUUCAAUAGAUCGCAGGGGUUCCGAUUCACGCCGUCCCACUCUUCACCGUCACUGGGGAAGUGAUGAGGAUCUCGUUCGAGACAUUGGUCUCGGUGUCGAUUCUGACCUACGAGAACGUGACGAAGAACGAGACGAGUUUGACAACGAGCAGCAACGAUACACGCCCGCACCGAUGGCCAGACCAUUCGGCGAGGAGCUAAGACAGUGGCAAUUCCCUCAACGGCAAAGAAGCAAUGCCGAACGAAGCGACGCUUCUCUCUUACCCCACGACCUCUCUUCCUCGCGGAGCAACUCGACUACGACGCCGCGCAGGGUCUCCUUUUUCGAUGUUGGGGGUUUGCUAUCAGAGGAUCAGGUUGGAGUAGGCCAGACGUUCCGCCGGGACAGCAUUAUCUCGAGCGUGGAUCCCAUGGCGUCUAGCGUUCACGGCGUCCCGUCACCGGCUUUACCCGCUGGGGCGAAUGGUUUACGACGCGGAUCAACAGCUCUCUUGCAAGAUCUUGGCGGACUCCUAGGCCCCACGAAACCCUCACGCCAAAGAUCCAGGACCGGCACCGAACUGCAACCAAUUCCUCAAUCGCAACACGAUGACCAUCCGUCAUAUGAUCCUCGCCCCGGCGAGCCAACACUGAUUGAUCCUGGUGGCCUACUCAAGUAG